AUGUGGUCCAACAAAGCUACGACGAAGGACUCGAAGGGUCUCCUUCCUGGACGCGCCACGUUUGGCCCGCUGUUUCUCAUUGCAUCAACACCAAUCGCCGCGAUCCUCUUCACCCACAUCUUCGUCGCCGAGGGCGGAGAAUGGUGGCCUCUUGCGGAGAAGUUCUCGUCACUCGGUGUGCUCCCAACCCUGCAAGCGAUCUGGCCCAGCCCGUUUGAUCCCACCGCGUGGCAAAUCAUCCUUACGUUCAUGGCGAUCCAACUGGCCUUGAUCAAACUGGUGCCCGCGCCGACGGUGUACGGUCCUGUGACCCCCGGAGGCAACAUCCCUGAGUACACGGACAACGGCUUCCGCAGCUACUUGAUCACGUUGGCGUUGUUCGUUGGCGGUGCGUACGCGGGUCUGUGGGAAGGCGGAUUCGCCUACACGCACAUGCUGCACAUCAUUUCUGCGCUCAACGUGUUCAGCUUCGCGUUGUGCCUGGUUAUUUACAUCAAGGGAUUGACGUUCCCUACGUCGUCUGACUACGGCGUCACAGGCAGUCCUCUGUUCGAUUUCUUCAGCGGCAUUGAGCUGUACCCUCGCAUCUUCGGCUGGGACGUCAAGCUGUUCACGAACUGCCGUUGUGGCAUGAUGUUUUGGGGCGUCGGCAUCGUCUCGUACGCGUGGAAGCAGUACGAACUGUACGGCUACGUGAGCGAUUCGAUGGCCGCCAGCGUCGCGCUGCAGUUGGUGUACGUGGCCAAGUUCUUCUGGUGGGAAGCCGGCUACAUGCGGUCGAUUGACAUCAUGCACGACCGCGCCGGGUACUAUUUGUGCUGGGGGUGCCUUGUGUGGGUGCCUUCGGUCUACACGUCCCAAGCGAUGUACUUGGUGCAAACUCCCAUUACACUAGGCACGCCGCUCGCCGCGUCCAUAUUCUUGACCGGUGUUCUCAUGGUGUGGAUCAACUACUCGGUGGACUUGCAGCGCCAAGAAUUCCGCGCCACGAACGGCAAGGCAUUGGUAUGGGGCCAGAAGCCGACGUUCAUCGUCGCCAAGUACACGACGGAGAAGAACGAGAAGAAGGAAAGCCUCCUCCUGACCUGCGGCUGGUGGGGUCUCUCGCGCCACUUCCACUACAUCCCCGAGAUCCUCGCAUCGCUCUGCUGGACGUUGCCGGCGUGGAACAGCUCGUUCGUGCCGUACUUCUACGUGUUCUACCUGUGCAUCCUCUUGACCGACCGCGCAUUUCGUGACGACGCUCGUUGCCGCGCGAAAUACGGACAAGAUUGGUCCAAGUACUGCGAACGCGUGCCCCAGUUGAUCAUCCCUGGUGUGCUGUAA